AUGGGUCCUACACCACUAAGGUCAACACAGAUGCCUACACCACUGAUGUCAACACAGAUGUGUCCUACACCAGAUGUGUGCUUCACCACUAAUGUCAACACAGAUGUGUCCUUCACCACUAAUGUCAACCCAGAUGUGUCCUACACAACUAAUGUCAACACAAAUGUGUUCUACACAACUAAUGUCAAUACAGAUGUGUCCUACACCGCUAAUGUCAACACAGAUGUGUCCUACACCAAGAAUGUCAACACAGUUGUGUCCUACACCAAUAAUGUCAACACAGAUGGGUCCUACACCACUAAUGUCAACACAGAUGUGACCUACACCACUAAUGUCAACACAGAUGUGACCUACACCACUAAUGUCAACACAGAUGUGACCUACACCACUAAUGUCAACACAGAUGUGACCUACACCACUAAUGUCAACACAGAUGUGUUUUACACCACUAAUGUCACUAAUGUCAACACAGAUGGAUGUGUCCUAGAUGUGUCCUACACCACUAAUGUCAACAGAGAUAGGUCCUACACCACUAAUGUCAACACAGAUGUGACCUACACCACUAAUGUCAACACAGGUGUGUCCUACACCACUAAUGUCAACACAGAUAAUGUCAACACAGAUGUGUGCUACACAACUAAUGUCAACACAGAUGUAUCCUACACAACUAAUGUCAACACAAAUGUGUUCUACACAACUAAUGUCAACACAGAUGUGUCCUACACCGCUCAUGUCAACACAGAUGUGUCCUACACCAUUCAUGUCAACACAGAUGUGUCCUACCCCACUCAUGUCAACACAGAUGUGUCCUACAUCACUAAUGUCAACACAGAUGUGUACUACGCCACUAAUGUCAACACAGAUGUGUACUACGCCACUAAUGUCAACACAGAUGUGUCUUACACCACUAAUGUCAACACAUAUUUGUUUUACACCACUAAUGUCAACACAUAUGUGUCCUACACCACUAAUGUCAAUACAGAUGUGUCCUACACCACUAAAGUCAGCACAGAUGUGUCCUACACCACUAGGGUCAACACAGAUGUGUCUUACACCACUAAUGUCAACACAUAUGUGUUUUACACCCCUAAUGUCAACACAGAUGUGUCCUACACCACUAAUGUCAACACGGAGUACAUAUGCUCUGUUUAA